UUCCGUCAUAGAACCGGUUUCUUGGAAGCAGAAACAUGGAAUUCUUAAAAACAAGGCGUUGCUCCAUGUCUGUCAUUUAAAGUGUUUCUGCACGCGCAGGUCGCGUCUGGUGGGGGAUUGAUCUUCAGUUCCUCACGGCGCCGUCGACGGAGAUCAUCACGAUAAUGCAAGACUAAGUGCUGAGAGAACGCAGACAUGAAAUUCUUCUCCUUAGUCUUUUGGGCUGGGUCUUUCUCGAAUGCCAUCGUCUUUGCAGCGGGAAACAACUCGACUCGGUCGAGCUUUAUACCUGAAUGCAUUUUGACCUCCCACAUCACCACCAAAGUCGCAGGACGUUCACCCAAGAAUGGCACACUGGAGACGGAUAACAGAUAUGGAAAAUUGUGGAAGGGCAAAUACACGAAGGAUGGGUUUCUCUCGAACCUGACCUCGGGUGUAGCUCCGACAAUCCUCUGUUCGUCGAUCGCAGACUUUGCCUCGUCAUGUUCCUGUGUGAGCAUCACGCGUGUGACAACCACUUCAACCAUCCGAUCGUCGACUGCCACCUUAAUGAUAACUCGAACGGUAAGCUCGAAAAUAUUGGGCAGCUCUUUAAACAAUAGUAGCCGACUGCCAGUUACUUCAAAGACUCUCGCAGCACUCAAGUUGUCAUCAUCACUAGCAACAAGCUCGUCCCAAGAAACAGCCCGACCACAGACUCGAUUAACCGGAGCAAGUCCAAACACGGAGAGAACUUCACCGACAGGCCGCUUUUUGAACACCACCGUCUCAUCAACAAGUCCAAGCAAGAGUCCAGUGGUGUAUGUGAUGAACACCACGACUCUGAUCACAGUAACCACCGCAGAAAAAGGCAGCAUCUCAGCAGGUGGCUCUCUUUCACACAUCAACCAGACGGGCCGCUACCUCAACACCACCACUGCAUCCGCGAAGCCCUCGCAGGGCUUUCACCUCCCAUUCUGGCGACUCAACAUCACGGCCCUCGGCUUCUUUUCCCGCACCAACACCACCUCCCUCCAAGCCCACAAGGUAGCUCUUCUCACUGGGACUGCCACUGGAACAGGCCUCUCCCACCUGUCAAACACCACCUCUUCUCGUCCCUUGUGGCUCAACACCACCAAAGCCACCUCCACAGCAGCACUGACCACCGGGACUCGACUCUUCACAGCCAACACGACCUUUACAUUUGCCAACACCACCGUUCGCUGGGCCAACACAACCACAACGUCAUCGAUUCCGACCCCGACUGCAAUCUUUCCGACCUCGUGCGGUGAAUCCUCGGCGCCUUUCUCCUUGCAGAUAUCCUACCCUUCAACCCCAUUCGACAACUGGUUCGUCCACCUGUCCGCCCGCGCUCUUUUGUUUGGUUCACGCAGCUCUCAAGCGAGCCGGUUUAGCAUUGAAGCGGGUGGUUACCUUUGCGUUGUCGGGCUGGUGGAUGAGACGGAGGAGCAAAGACCUUAUGUGGCGGCUAUUGGGGUAAAAGAAGGGCAAAGAGGCGAGAUAUGGAUGGUGAGCAAAGAGAUGUUGGAUGUUUGGGGCGAUGAUUAUGUUGCCUUGGGGUGUACACAAGAUGGGGGACUGAGCUGUGGGGCGAUGAGGAACGGGACUGAUGUGGGUGAGGUGAGGGAAUGGGCUGGUUGCGGGAUGCAGCUGGGGUUGGGGAGUGGAAACGGAACUGUCGCUGAGUGUGGGAGUGUUGGGGUGCGCGUUCUUGAGGGAGGAGAUGCUGACGGUGAAGUCAAUGAUAAUGAUGAGAUCGGGGAGAUGAGAUUUGAAAAGAGGGUAGUUGAUCCUUGCGCUUUUACAGGAAUGAGUUAA